AUGCGCAACUCUUCUGCCAGUAUUUAUCAUGGUCCACUGCUCUAUGCAUUCGAUAUCCCUUAUACAGAGACGCACCACCAACCACUGAACUGGACCGACCGCAAGCCUCUGGCAGAUGAGGAGGUGCACCCCCGGUCCCACGACUAUGUCUUGGAACCAACUGAGCCUUGGCAGUACGCAAUCGACCCAGAUAGCAUCGUCGUCAAGACGUCCACAUCGAGUAUUGAAAUUCUGCCCAAUCCUAUCUUUACAGGGGAUGCUCCCCCAGUUUUUCUUACAGUCGAUGCUUGGAAGAUUGCCUGGCCAGCAGAUGGAGAUACAGCGGCGUGGCCUCCCAUCGACCCAUUGGUUGACAAGGAUAAAAAGGAAAAGAUAAAAUUGGUGCCGUUUGGAUCGGCCAAGUUGCAUAUUGCGCAAUUCCCUGUGGCAAAGCCUCAAUAA